UGGAUAAGGGAGGAGAAACAAUAACUCCCUCCUCCUCCUCCUCCUGCUCCUAGUACUAGUAGAGCAGCGGCGGCAAUGGCGGCGCCUCCUCUGCUGAGCCUGAGCCAGCGGCUACUCUUCCUCUCCCUCUCCCUCCCCAAGCCACAGCUCGCCCCCAACCCCUCCUCUUUCUCCCCCACGCGCGCCGCCUCCACCGCCCCGCCACCUCCGGAAGGGGCGGGCCCCGCCGCGCCAUCCCGCGGGGACCGCUUCCUCGGCACCCAGCUCGCGGCCGAGGCCGCCGCCCGCGUCCUCGCUCCGGAGGACGCCGAGAGGCGCCGCCGCCGCCGGGAGAAGCGCAAGGCCCUCGCGCGGAAGCCCUCCGCCGCCGCCUGCUACGGCUGCGGCGCGCCGCUGCAGACGGCCGACGAGGCCGCGCCCGGCUACGUCCACCCCGCCACCUACGACCUGAAGAAGAGACACCAUCAGCUGAGAACCGUGCUAUGUGGGAGAUGCAAGCUCUUGUCUCAUGGCCACAUGAUCACUGCUGUUGGUGGCCAUGGCGGCUAUCCUGGAGGGAAGCAGUUCGUUUCCGCGGACCAACUCAGGGACAAGCUCUCCUACCUUCGUCAUGAGAAAGCUUUGAUUAUCAAGCUGGUUGACAUAGUUGACUUCAAUGGGAGCUUCCUGGCGCGUGUGCGCGAUUUUGCUGGUGCUAAUCCUAUUAUACUAGUCAUCACAAAGGUUGAUCUCCUUCCUAGAGAUACAGAUUUGAAUUGCAUUGGCGACUGGGUUGUUGAGGCAGUUGUCAAGAAGAAGCUCAACGUACUUAGUGUCCAUUUGACAAGCUCAAAGUCACUCGUUGGCGUCACUGGGGUUAUAUCAGAGAUUCAGCAGGAAAAGAAGGGCCGAGAUGUAUAUAUACUGGGUUCAGCAAAUGUUGGGAAAUCUGCAUUUAUAAGUGCUAUGCUAAGGACGAUGGCAUAUAAGGAUCCAGUGGCAGCUGCAGCUCAAAAAUACAAGCCGAUACAAUCUGCUGUUCCUGGAACGACCCUUGGUCCUAUUCAAAUUGAAGCAUUUUUAGGAGGCGGGAAAUUAUAUGAUACACCUGGAGUCCAUCUUCACCACCGGCAAGCAGCAGUUAUCCAUGCUGAUGAUCUGCCUUCUCUUGCACCACAAAGUCGUCUAAGGGCACGGUGUUUUCCUGCUAAUGAUACAGAUGUUGGAUUGAGUGGGAAUUCAUUAUUCUGGGGUGGACUAGUCCGUAUUGAUGUUGUCAAGGCUCUUCCACGCACACGACUGACGUUCUAUGGACCCAAGAAGCUAAAGAUUAAUAUGGUCCCAACCACAGAAGCAGAUGAAUUUUAUGAGAGAGAAGUUGGAGUUACAUUGACUCCCCCAGCUGGCAAAGAGAAGGCUGAAGGAUGGGUUGGUCUGCAGGGUGUUCGUGAGUUGCAGAUAAAAUACGAAGAGUCUGAUAGACCUGCUUGUGACAUUGCAAUUUCUGGUCUCGGGUGGGUUGCGGUUGAGCCACUUGGUGUGCCAUCAAGCAACCCAGAUGAGAGUGCUGAGGAAGAAGACAAUGAGAGUGGUGAACUGCAUUUGAGAGUACAUGUUCCCAAGCCUGUUGAGAUCUUUGUCCGACCUCCAUUGCCUGUUGGUAAAGCAGCAUCGCAAUGGUACAGAUACCAGGAGUUGACCGAGGAAGAAGAGGAGUUGAGACCUAAAUGGCAUUACUGAUGCUUAUAGCUAUUUUAGUUACGAUGACAGCAUCGUGUAGUCCAAAUAGAGCACGUAAUUAUAUAUGUUCUCAGAUGAUGUGAUAGGGAUGACAGUUUUAGCAUCAGCUGAUUAAAAUUACUCCAAUAAUGAUUCAGGAAGGAAUUUUGGAUAAAGACAUCGACAAGUGAAGCUCUUGCGGGUACUCUCUGUUUCUAAGAUCUUCGUCCUAGCACAUAUACCAUCACAUCAUUUUUCCUUUGCAACACUAUGUGUGACGCACUGACGCUUAAAGCGAAUGCCGUAAUGAAUACUUGAAUA